UCCACCUCUCAACCUCUCUUGGGCUUACUCCAUUUUGUGCGCCCACUGCUUCCCUUAAUCCAAGCGCACCACUACACCGGUCGGUUCAUCAGCGAUGCCGGCCCCGACGCCGCCACGGAGCCAGCCGAAACGCCGGCGGCCGCUUGCUCUCCCCGCGGUCUGCCCGUGCGAGGGCAUCGCGCCGGAGCCGCUCCUCGCCUCCCUAGUUUCGCUCACUGCCGACGUGGCGAGCCGCAGGGCCGGCGACGCCAGCGCCUUCCCCGUGCUCCGCCGCGGCACCCGCCAAGCAGUGCGCCUCGCCGGCCUCCUCCUCGCUUUCCUCGAGGAGAUCCAGGAUGCUGCGGCGACGCUGUCGCACUCCGCCGUGGUCGGUCUCACGGAGCUGCACGUCGCCAUGCAGAAGAUGAGGUUCCUGCUCACGGACUGCGCGCGUCGAGGGGGCCGCCUGUGGGUGCUCGUGAACGCUGAGCUCAUAGCGUCUGAGCUCAGGUUGUGUCUGGGAUCCGUCGCGGCGGCCAUGGAUGUGCUGCCGACGAGCAUCGUCGGUGCAUCCGUUGAGUCGGGGGAGCUCGGGCGGCUGGUAUCGGAUCAGGCGUGGCGCGCGGUGGUGCGGCCUGACGCCGGCGACAAACUAGCAGUGCGGAGCAUACGGUCUAUCAUGGAUACCUUUAAGAUGGGCGUCGCGCCGGAGGCGGAUGAUGUGAUGCGGGUGCUCCGCCGGAUCAGGGUCGAAAGCUGGUUUGUCGCCGAGGAGAUCGCUUUCCUAGAUGGCGAGCUCUCCGCGCGGUUCGACGCCGGCGACGAGAACAGCAGCGAGGUGGUCCUCCUCAACAAUCUGAUGGCGUUCCUGGUGUACUGCCGCGUGGUGCUGUUCGAUCACAUUGACUCGAAGCAGUCGGAUGCGACGGCGGCGCGACCGGCGACGUGCCCGGAGUGGAUCAGACCGGAGGCGCUGCAGUGCCCGAUCACACUGGAACUCAUGACCGACCCGGUGACCGUGUCCACCGGCCAGACAUACGACCGCGCGUCCAUCACACGGUGGAUGAAGGCCGGGUGCCGCACGUGCCCAGUCACCGGCGAGAAGCUCCGCACCGCCGACCUCGUGCCGAACGCCGCGCUGUGCGGGAUCAUCGAGCGGAUGCUGCUCAGCAACGGCGUCUCGCUUCCCGAGACGGGCUCCAGGCACCACCACGGCGACGCUGACGGCUCAGCCGCUACAUUCAGUCCGUCGGCCACCGGCGCCGCGCGGCUCGCCGUUAGCUACAUCGUGGCGCAGUUCUCGACGGGGUCGACGGAGGAGCGUAGGAAGGCGACGUCCGAGGCCCGCAAGCUCUCCAAGCACAGCGUGUUCUACCGGGCGCUCUUCGUGGAGGCCAAUGCCGUACCGUGGUUGCUGUGCCUCCUGUCCUGCAUGGACGCGUCCGUGCAGGACAAUGCCGUGGCGUCCCUACUCAACCUCUCCAAGCACCCCGGUGGCCGGACGGCGCUCGUCGAGGCAGGAGGCAUCGGCCUCGUGGUCGACAUCGUCAACGUCGGCGCCAAGGCCGAGACGCAGCAGAACGCCGUGGCCAUUCUCUUCUACCUCUCGUCGAACGCCGAGUACGCCGAGGAGAUUGGCCGGUUCCCGGAGGCCAUACCGACGCUAGUGCGGCUCAUCAAGGAGGGCGCGCACCGAGGCCGGAAGAACGCCAUGGUCAGCCUCUACGGUCUGCUCCAAUCCCCGAGCAACCACGCCAAAGCCGUUGCCGCCGGCGCCGUGGUGGUGCUUGCUGGCCUCCUUUCCAGCGACCGCGACGGCGACCUCGCCUGCGACACCGUCUCGCUGCUGGCGAGGAUCGCCGAGCAGCCGGCGGGCGCACAGGCCGUGCUCGCGCGGGCGGGCCUAGUCGCCCGCCUCGUCGAGUUCCUCGCCGCGUCGGCCUCUCGUUCCGGGAAGGACCACUGCGUGGGGUUGCUGGUCAUGCUGUGCCGGCACGGCGGCGAGAAGGUGGUCGCCCUGCUGGGCCGGAUGCCGGGGCUGAUGGGGUCGCUGCACUCGCUCGUCGCCGACGGCAGCCCGGCGACCUGCAAGAAGGCGCGGUCGCUGAUCAGCAUGAUCCACCGGCAUUACGAGCUGACCAGGCCGUCGUCAUCGCCGGUGCCGCUGCCGGUGCCUACACCGGACGCCGGCGACCGUUUCGUUCGGCUCGUGCUAUAGCGCCGCGCGCGACGAGCCGUCCCCUUCUCCUAGCUAGCUAGUCCCAAGUAAGCACAGUACAUCGUACAGCGUGAUGGAUUCGUGACCAUUUUUGCUCUCGAUCUCAGUCUCAGCUCGAGUUUUAGAAGAGCUGAGAUUGAAUUUUGUUCCUCCCCACCAUUCCUUGUGUUAUACUACGCCGCUAUUGCUAUACACGUGUAUACAUACACAGAUUAGAGUUGCAGUUUGUAACACCUUUGUUGUACAUAUCUGUGUGGAAUUGGAUUGUGUGUUCACUCUGAUGA